AGGCUGGCUUUGUGGAGCGCCGCAGCGGGCUAAGCUGUGCUGAACAAAGGAGGUCGGGCACAGCCACCCAAGCUCCCGGGGCCACUGGGCCGUCCUCUGCCACCAUGACCGCCAACGGCACAGCCGAGGCGGUGCAGAUCCAGUUCGGGCUCAUCAGCUGCGGCAACAAGUACCUGACAGCCGAGGCGUUCGGCUUCAAGGUGAACGCGUCCGCUAGCAGCUUGAAGAAGAAGCAGAUCUGGACGCUGGAGCAGCCUCCCGAUGAGGCGGGCAGCGCGGCUGUGUGUCUGCGCAGCCACCUGGGUCGCUACCUGGCCGCCGACAAGGACGGCAACGUGAGCUGCGAGCGCGAGGUGCCCAGCGCCGACUGCCGCUUCCUCGUCGUGGCGCACGACGACGGCCGCUGGUCGCUGCAGUCCGAGGCGCACCGGCGCUACUUCGGCGGCACCGAGGAUCGCCUGUCGUGCUUCGCGCAGAGCGUGUCGCCGGCAGAGAAGUGGAGCGUGCACAUCGCCAUGCACCCACAGGUCAACAUCUACAGCGUAACUCGCAAGCGCUACGCGCAUCUGAGCGCGCGACCGGCCGACGAGAUCGCGGUAGAUCGCGACGUGCCUUGGGGCGUCGACUCGCUCAUCACCUUGGCCUUCCAGGACCAGCGCUACAGCGUGCAGACGUCGGACCACCGCUUCCUGCGCCACGACGGGCGCCUUGUGGCGCGGCCCGAGCCCGCCACGGGCUACACGCUCGAGUUCCGCUCCGGCAAGGUGGCCUUUCGAGAUUGCGAAGGUCGCUACCUGGCCCCGUCCGGGCCCAGUGGCACCCUCAAGGCUGGCAAAGCCACCAAGGUGGGUAAAGAUGAGCUCUUCGCCCUGGAACAGAGCUGCGCUCAGGUGGUGCUGCAGGCGGCCAACGAGAGGAACGUGUCCACGCGCCAGGGAAUGGACCUGUCGGCCAAUCAAGACGAAGAGACUGAUCAGGAGACCUUCCAGCUGGAGAUCGACCACGACACGAGAAAGUGUGCCUUCCGCACCCACACGGGCAAGUACUGGACCUUGACGUCAACCGGAGGGGUACAAUCCACUGCGUCCACCAAGAAUGCCAGCUGCUACUUUGACAUCGAGUGGUGUGACCGUCGCAUCACUCUGAGAGCGUCCAAUGGCAAGUUUGUAACUGCCAAGAAAAACGGUCAGCUGGCCGCCUCAGUGGAGACAGCAGGGGACUCUGAACUCUUCCUCAUGAAGCUGAUUAACCGCCCCAUUAUCGUGUUCCGUGGGGAGCAUGGGUUCAUCGGCUGCCGCAAGGUGACGGGCACCCUGGAUGCUAACCGCUCCAGCUAUGACGUCUUCCAGCUGGAAUUCAAUGAUGGCGCCUACAACAUCAAAGACUCCACAGGCAAGUACUGGACAGUGGGCAGCGAUUCCUCGGUCACCAGCAGCAGUGAUACCCCUGUGGAUUUCUUCCUUGAGUUCUGUGACUACAAUAAGGUGGCCAUCAAGGUGGGUGGCCGCUACCUGAAGGGGGACCACGCCGGGGUCCUGAAGGCCUGUGCCGAGACCAUCGACCCCGCCUCACUCUGGGAGUACUAGAGCCUCCUGCCCUGUGCGUGCGGGCCACUCAUCCAGUCACUCGUGCUAUCCUUACUCGCCACGUGGCCCUGCAGCAGGUGGCAAGCCCCUUGCCUUUCAAACUGGAAACCCAAGAGAAACGGUGCCCUUGCCUGUUGCCCUCUGUGGACCCCUCCCCCUAACUCUGCUCCCUGUGGGUCAGCGGCUGCAGACUGUCCCUGGGAGGGACUUUGGGUCCCUUCUUUGCCAUGGGGCAUGUUGGCACCUCUCUUCUGACCUCACACAACUCUGAGCCUUAUUUCCCCAGGAAGUGGCCUAGGAGAAGUGGGGGGGGGGGGAGCUGCCCUGUCCCUGAGCUUGUAACUGGAAACCCUCCCCUGAAGAUCAGCCUCUCUGACCGGCCUGCCCCAGAACAUGGAGGCAAGCCUUUGGCGGGACUGACGCCAGGUGUGGCCUGGUUUGUCCACAAGUAUUUUUUUUCUGGAUCAUAGCUGGAGAGUGGUCUUUGGUGGCACUGCCAGGUGGCCCCUGCACAUUCUGGGGUUGGGGGGGCCUUGCCCCCAUCUCUUUCCUUUUCACCCUGGCCUGACUGGAAGCAGAAAAAUGACCAAAUCAGUAUUUUGUUUUUGUUUUUAAAGGAAAUGCUAUUGUUGAAAGGGCCCCUAGGCAAACUUUCCUGGUUGGUUGUAGCUGUGAGUGGUCUUGGGGGGAGACACUUGACACCUGACCUCUCCAGUGGGUUCCUGUCCUUCCUCCCUCCCUCCUGCCUGCCCACUCCCAGCCCUGGCCCUGUGAUUGGUGCUCCAUGUCUUCCUGACACCUCGGGGCUCCUGGGGUGGGAGAAAGCCAGGCGUGUCCCUCCUGGGAAUCCUGGAGUAAACCUCAGGGGGGCCCUUCCCAGACACCCCAUUCUACCAAUUCCCCAACACCGUGCAUCUCACUCACUCGGGGUGUCUCGGUCUUUUUUUUUUUUUUUUUGUAACUGUCAUUUGUAUAACUCCGAAGACCCAUAAUAGUAGCUUUGAACUGGAAAAUAAAAUAAUACCAUGUC